AGUGAGAGAAUUGGAAGAUCAGUUAGAACAACAAAUAUCCCAGUCAUCCCACGAACCAAACAUAAUAGAUGGAGCUGAAGCAGAUCCAGACUCAGCUGAGAACUCUUUGGAAAAAGAGUCCCUUUCUCAAGAAACUAAUACUCAUUUAGCAAAGCAAAUUUCGGAAGCAUCCAGUGCAUUUAAUGAAGUGAUUGGAGAUGAUAGCGGACCAGAGGAAGAACCACCAUUUAUGAAACUUUACUUUAUGGAUAUGGACAAGGCCACAAAGCACGAAUCAUCCCGAAAUGUUGGACAUCCAGCAAUGAUAUGGCUUUUCAGCAUGAUAGUUAGCAGAAGAAAUGGUACAGAUAAGACCAAUUUACUAGCAAAUCAUGUUCUUGGAGAUAAAUGUAAAUAUAUAUAUAAAAGACAAAAAGAAGGAUCCAGAUAUAUUAGAUGCGAUAAUUUAAUAGUUUGCGAUUACCAUCUUAAUGAGCCAAAAUGGGCAUUCGUUAGAUAUAUGUAUGGAAUAAUAGCAAGUAAUCCCAAAGCACCCUAUUAUGAGAACAUUAGAUUCAGUUACAUAUCACCAAAACAAAUUCCUAGUAUGAAAUCAUUUUCACCUAAGAGGAGCACUGUAAUCAUUUUUGAGGAUGUAUGUGUUGCUCCCAAGUCUAUCCAAAAUCACAUUAUACCAUUUUUUACACAUGGGCGACAUCUAAUAUAUAAUGAGGGAAGUAGUUAUCAAGAUGUGUCCAAGAUAGCUGGCCGAUAUACUGAUGAUGUAAAGGGCACAUCCAUGUUUAUUAAUAGCUACCUCCGUAAAGGUGAGUUUGUUGUAUUUGAUCUCAGUAGGCUGGAGGAUGAUCCUCUAGCAAUUCAGCUAAGAUUCGAUAUACCAUUGAACUUGCAGAAGGAAAUAGAGGCAAGACAGAGAGACGAGAUAAAUAAUUUCUUUGUAUUUCUCUUCCUGGGUCUAUCGGUAUUAAUUAAGCUGAGCACACUUACACUACAUUGCAUUGAAGGAGUGGUUACCUUGAAACUAGUCAAUGAAUAUGAUUUAUUUGGUUCUAAAGGGACCUCUUCAGUUUUAGCUUUGAAGCAAAAGUAA